AUGACAACUAAAACUGACGUCUUAAGAUUAUAUAAACAGUUAUUAACUACUGCUAAGAAGUUCGAUAACUAUAAUUUCAGAGAAUAUAGUAAAAGAAAGAUUGUUGACUCAUUCAAAGAACAUAAAACCGUGGAUGAAAAUCAAAUUACUAAAUUCUACAACAAUGGUAUUGACGAAUUAUCCAGAUUAAUCAGACAAACUGCCGUAUCACGAAUGUACACUUUCGAUAAAUUAAUCAUUGAACCAUUGAAAAAACAUCAUCAUUAG